CGCGCACUCGCGAGCGGUGGAGCCAGAUGGAGCUGUGUGAAGUUACCUCAGACGAUAUUCUUUCUCGUAAACCGUACUUCCCUCGAGUAUAUUGUGUUUCAACAAUACUAGAGUAAAUUAUUUUGGCGUGGUGUGUCAUUUGGCUUGACUAAAAUGUUUUAAAACCAACUUUGUCAUUUGUAAGCGUGUAUUUUUUUGUGAGCUUCGAAACUCGAGUAACUUUAAAACACCUGACAUCUCUGGACUUGGUCUCAAGGACCUUUCUAAGAACUUCGGGUUUCUUUUACUUUGAGAUAAUUACUCAAUAAGAAUUCAUCUUUAUUAGAAGAGAAAAGUUGGCUGUGGAGGCGCUGGUAGUUCUCAGGCAGAAAAGGGAUAAAAGCAGAAGCUGAGGUGAAUGCAUGGACGGUUGAGAAGCUAAAAGUCCCGCGAGCGCUCGGCCGCACUGCGCCGUACAUGGAGGAGUUCAGCGGCAGCAGCUAAGCAUGGAAGUGGUCGAUGAAACGGAAGCCUUACAGAGGUUCUUCGAGGGUCAUGAUAUUAACAGCUCUUUGGAGCCAAGCAACAUUGACACCAGUAUACUGGAGGAAUACAUCAGCAAAGAAGACGACAGCACAGAUAUCUGCUUUUCUGAAGUCCACAGCACCCCAGGGCCUAACUUCUCCUCCCCCCAGGCUGGAGCGUCCUCCUCUGGGGGGGUGGUGUGUGGCGUGAGCCCCCCUAAUCCCCAGCGUCAGGGCAGCGUUCAGCCUGUGCCGUGCCAGAACCCUUAUCCCCCUCCACCACCACUUGGACUGCUUAGACACAGCCAUCCCUGCCAGAGCCACCAGCAUCACCAACCGAUCCCGCAACCUCACAUCAAAAUAGAACACUGCACUCACUACGCACCUGGAAAUUUGCCUGAGUCUCCACCAGACUCUAGUUCAGAGCCCUAUUCCCCCCAGCAAGUGAAUGACUCACACAUGCUCAGAACCAUGACGCCGGAGAAUAUGUGUCAAAUGACCACCUCACCACCCCUGCCCACACAUAGCCACUAUCCCAGCCUACAUCGGGACAUGUUCCUGAAACCAGAGUCCAUGAUUUCACAAUACCCAAUCGGUCCAGCAAGCAGUGGAGGUGGAGACAUGCAACAGGCUCAGAUACUCCAUCAGCUACUGCAGCCUUCACAAGGACCAGAUGGUAUACCUGUCCCUCAAGCAAAGAAGAGGAAGCAUUCAGAUUCUCCUAACAGCACUCUUAAUGCUCAAAUACUAAGUGGCAUUAUCAAACAAGAACCAGGUUUGAUGCAGGAUCCUGAUAACUCAUAUUUGGACCCAAACUACCAGUGCAUAAAAUGGCAGCCACAUCAACAGAACAAAUGGACUCUGUUAUAUGAUGCCAGUGGAAAAGAACUCCCAAUGCCUACAUACAGAGUGGAUGCCGACAAGGGCUUUAAUUUCUCUUUGGCUGACGAUGCAUUUGUGUGUCAGAAAAAGAACCACUUCCAGGUUACUGUGUACGUCGGCAUGCUGGGAGAUCCAAAAUACGUGAAGACCAGUGAAGGGUUACAACCAAUUGAAUGCUUCUACCUAAAACUUAAUGGAGUCAAGUUGGAAGCCAUGAACCAGACCAUCAAUGUGGAACAGUCUCAGUCCGACCGCAGCAAGAGGCCAUUUAAACCUGUACUGGUCACUCUGCCCCCAGAACAGGUUACCAAAGUAACAGUAGGUCGACUGCACUUCAGCGAGACUACAGCCAAUAAUAUGAGGAAGAAGGGCAAGCCAAACCCUGACCAAAGGUACUUCAUGUUGGCGGUAGCUCUCCAGGCUCAGUCCCACAGUCAGAGCUACGUGGUGGCAGCUCAAGUGUCUGAGAGGAUCAUCGUCAGGGUAACCUCUGCAUCUAAUCCCGGUCAGUUUGAAAGUGACAGUGAGGUGUUAUGGCAGAGAGGUCAGAUGCCCGAUUCAGUGUACCACCAUGGUCGAGUGGGUAUCAACACUGAUAGACCCGAUGAGGCUCUGGUUGUCCAUGGCAACGUGAAGGUCAUGGGGUUACUUGUACAACCAUCUGACAUCCGUACCAAGGAAAACGUGAGAGAGGUGGACACCACAGAUAACCUAAAGCGGAUCUCUCAGAUGCGACUAGUGCAGUACCGGUACAAGCCUGAGUUUGCUGCCACUGUGGGCAUUGAGAACACUGCAGAUACUGGGUUGAUAGCCCAGGAGGUACAGCAGAUUCUUCCAGAAGCUGUGAAGGAGAGUGGAGACAUUGUUUGUGUCAAUGGAGAGACCAUCCCUAAAUUACUGGUGGUAAACAAGGAGCGGAUCUUUAUGGAGAACGUGGGAGCAGUGAAAGAACUGUGUAAACUGACUGAUAAUCUGGAGACUCGCAUCAAUGAGCUUGAACGCUGGAGUCGCAAACUGGCUAAACUACGACGUCUUGACAGCAUGAAGAGCACUGUCAGUGGGGGAACAGUCAGCCUCUCUGGAAGUUACUUCAGCAGAACAGGAAGUGGUCCACUUAGGAAGAAAGCAACCAAGACAGUAAAUAAGACUGCAGUUCCAGAGCAGAAUUGCUUGAGUCACAAGUUCAUGCAGGCCACUGUUUUAGCCUUGGUCGUCAUUAUGGCAUUCAGUGUCAUCUCAAUGUCUAUACUAUAUGUGCUAAACAUGCAUCAACAUGGAAACAUUGUGGAGACUGAAAGCUCUAUGUCCUCUUGUAAUUUCUACAUCUCCUGGAUGCCCUUCCUCACUGCCACUGUCACUUUCUGUCCAUCCAUCUGUCCAUGGUCACGCUCUGCACUUGAUUCAUCUGAUAAGACCUUCCCGCCCCCCAUCUCAGCACACUCUUCAGACAUGAGCUCCACAUCUCCAACCCUGGCUGACCGUCCAGCUUGCUGCCCUCCAACAACUGCCACGACCAACCAAUCAUCUACUAUAAUCCUAUUACCAAGCACGAACCAAUCCAUAUCAGACUCCAGUAGUCCUGCCCCCACCAUGACCAGUAUAAAUAGGAAGGCAAAGUCUCGGGUGUUGGAUAAAGACAUCAGGAACAGAAACAGGCUGAGUCACACUUCAUCCCCUCUGCACUUGAACAAGGGCAAGAAACCCCCCCAGCCCCCAGACAUGGACACUGGAAGCAACAGUAACCGCCUGCCAGGGCAACGCAGGCAACGCAGCACACACACUAAAGGUGGACAUUUCCUUCCAGUCCUGAAUAAGCUUCAUAUUAUUGAGACUAAUCAGGAUUUAAAAACAUUUAACUGUGUCUCAUCGGGAAGCUGCAGCUACACAAUAUUUCUAAAUGAGAGUAAAAAUUCAACUGUUUCCGACAUCACGCUACACAUGAGGUUCUCUGGGGACGUGUGGGUGUGGCGGUGUAGUAUCACUAGAGGGCGCUUAUGCCCAAACCACACAGAGACUGAACAUCCUGGGGACGAAGGUGCCUUUACAAAGGGAAACAGUCACUUGUGGUCCAUCUCAGUGGCAUCAUUUCAAGAAGUUGCCUAUCAUUUCCGCAUGUCACUCUCUGAGGAGACGGACUGCUCUGAAUCAAAGGAAAAGAAGGAACAGGGCACUACAUCAUUCUCCGAUUAUUAUUUCUUUAUUCGAACCAGCUGCACCUAAUGUGGAAGAAAAUAAAUAAGGAGUUUCUGCACUACAGCCUAAACUGGUUUAUUUACUGCUCUGAUUGCUUAAGGACUCUGUGAUUUGGUAACACACGGAUACGUGCAAGAACCAAAAUGUUCAUCUAAAGUAUGUCUGAACAAACAUACCUUUCUUCCUAUCUGUAAAAGAUCUGAAUCCAUACCAUGGUUACACACACACAUACCCCUUACUACACAAAAACCUAAAGAUAAAUAUCAAGAGGGUGUGUCUCUGAACAUUUUUAUAAACUAACAGGAUUAUUGACUGGUGUUUCUAAACAUGAUUUACUACUGAAUUAUUUCCACAAACCGACUUCCUGUUGUAAUGUGUUUCCUUGUGUAUUUUUCCCCUGCCAUAAAUAUAAUACAGAAAAGAAUAAUAGGCCAGAAAGCAACACAAAGUAGUCAUUUCUGUAUUGUUGUUACUGAGAAGGUAGGUCUAAGCCACUGAAGCUAUAGUAUUCUAAUAUCUAAUGGAUCACUGGAACUUAAAAAAAUCACUGGAUUUAAUAAGAAACUGGAACACACUGCAUGGAUACACUGGAACGAACACACUCUCACCAUUGGAAACAAUGGAUUGCAAUGGUUAUUGUUUAUGAAUAGAGAAAACAAAAAAAUAGCAUUUAAAAGUCAUCAAUAUAAAUGUUUGUAUAAAUGUAUCUAACAUUUUUUUCUUUUUUCUUGUUUUUAUUUCUAUGGAUUAUCCAUUUGUGAAUUAUAAUCAAUCACCUUGUCAUAACAUCAUGUUGCUUUGUUUUUAGCAGCGUUUUUUAUUAGUGCCUGGGUUCUUCAGGGGAAAAAGAUUACAGUACAAAGAAAAAUAAUCUUCUUCUUAAUGUUAACUCUCCUCUAAUUAAGCACUAUUUUAUUGUGGAUUUAAGUGUUUUAUGUCUGUCUUUUGUCUGGUAUGUCAUUCUGAACAUUGUAUAAAUAAUGUAAAAAGAGAUUGCAGAUAUACAUUAUUUGUUUUCAAUAUUACCAAGCAAUAAAAUAAGUCAUAAUCACCUCUGGAAGAAUAUGAAGUAUUUCAGAUUAUGCUUAUAAAAUAUCCACUGUAAUAUUAAACUAUAGACCUGUAUCUGUUACAACCCUCCCAAAAAAUUAGUAACAUUUUAAAACCUAAAAGGCCUGUAAUUUUAACAAAAAGAAUUUUUUUAAUGCAUUUUCUACCCAUUUUCCUCCUGAUCUAGCACACUCAAUUUUGUCUUCCGCUGCUGAGAGAUACCAGAUUGCAUCCAAGGAGAGCAUGUCACUGUACACGCCUCUUCCGACACGUGUACAGCCCUCUUCUCGCCCCUGCAUUCUGCACAGGCGUCUCUUCCACCAGUCAGGGUCCCCACACAGCGAAGACCCACCCACCCCUACCCUGCAGAUACCGCGGCCAAUUAGUAUCUGCUGCAGACACUGCCAAUUAUGCCCGCCAGAUGGCGCCCAGCUGACCGGUGGCAACACUGUGUUUUGAACCGAGGAGUUCAGAAACUCGGUGCUGGUGCGCUAGUGGAAUAUCCCGCUGUGCCCCCAACUAACUUAAUUUAAUAAUAUUCCUUACUGAUGGCAUUGUAUUUGUUGGUGUCAUCACACAAUCCUGAUAGUAUUGUAAUAAUAAAAAAUUUGCUUCUUAUUGUCAUUAAAUAAUAUUUUGGUCUGUGUUUUACAGUAACAUAAAACUUAAGUAAAUUUAAAAAAAGGUUAUUUAACAGUAUCAAAAAACAAAGAAACACAAGAAAAAAACAUACAUGCAACAAAAAAGUAAAAAGUAGUUUUACUAACAGUAACUAAGAUAUGGCUCCACUAAAUAUAACUGUAUUACACUUAUAAUAAAAGUAUAAUAAUAAAAUAAUAAAAGCACAACAUUAAAACUUUGUAUUUCAAAUUUUCCAAGAAACAUUUUCAAAUGGUGAUUGUCAAACAUGGUUCAACAAAAACAAAAAGACAUGACAAACUUACUAGCAACUCACAAAGUGCAAAAAUAAGAGGUUGACAAAACUGGACUCCUCAAUUUUCAAUCAGAUUUUCUUAUAUCAGGAUAGAUUUUGGUUUAGAGGAAGCCAAAGUAAGUUUUUUAGCUAACAAUAUUUGCUGGUCUGUUAAUUACAGUAAGGAUAAUAACAGUUUGGGCAGUAAUCUGGUAAAGAAAAGGUCUAGUGAUUGUUUUUCAUAACUGUAUAAUAGGCAUAAGCAUAAGACCAUUUUACAGUACGGAGCACACCCUAUGGUGCAAACAUUCACCUGAUGAGUCACCAAAAUCCCUGGAUGAAAAUGCCCCCAUACAUAAUGCUAGAUUUACUCAAGCUGAUUAAUGAUAGUGAAGUGCUAAGGCUCUACUUCUUAUAACUCUUUAAUAUAAGUUUAUAUUGUUACAAGUGUUUAACCCAAGUGUGAAAACCCUGUUUUCUUACAUAAAAAGUAGCAUUAUAGGUAGUAUGGCCAACUUGAUCACAAUUAGGUGUUAUUAUAAACACAUAACUGUGUUUAUAAUAAUUGUGAUAGAAUUUGUAAAAUCGAUAAAAGAUAUUUUAAGUACACAGCAGCAAGAGGGGAGAGGAAGUUAAAGUUGAUGUUUAUGGAAGCAUUAUGAUUAAUGUUUCUCCUAAUAUAGGUAGCUAUAGCCAUACUGCCUUUUUUCUUACUGAAAAUACAAUAGGCAGCUCCAGACUAUGCACUGUAAAUAUCAUUAUCUAAUGAUUUCCUUAUUUACACUGAACUGCUUUUAUAAUAUUCUGUAAGAAUACGGCAUAACAAAUUCAGAUUUUAUUAUUUCUGUGUAGUUACCAACAUUCAUUUUUUUGAUGUCCUCAUCAAAUAAUUUAAUAUAGUAUAACAAUUAUAUUCAGAAUUGAUUUUACAUUUAAUAUCAAAUAUAAAGUUUUUUUGAUGCUUGUUGUUUAUUUUCAUAAUGAAAUUGUUCUUUUUUUAUAUUUUAAUGUUCUUUUUAAUCCCUAUGGCUCAAAGCCCAGUGUGCACUAAAGAGUAACCAAAAUAGCUUACUUAAGCACUUCUUACUCAUAUGCCCAAGAUCCUUUGAGGUUUUUAAUUUUUGAUGUCACUUAUUUUAUGACCACUAUAAUGAUUUGUGUUCUUAUUAUGAAAGUGUACUGACCACAUAAUAUGAAUGCAUGCAAAUACUUUCAUUAAAAAUGAUUAAAAAACUGA